GUCACCGAAGUAAACAGUGCGUACGUUCUGUGGUGUGUUUAUUACAGCAAUCCUGCACGCCUUGAUAUCCGGUGAUUCUAUGAUUACAAUCAAUCUAAUUGCAAUGCAAGUGUGAAAAUCUAAUACACGGCUUGUGAUUUGUCCAUAAUGGCAACGCAAGAGAAGCUGUUAAAAUCGUUGGAGUCCCUGAAACACCUGAUAAACGCGAACCAAUCAUCAGGUGGUGAUGUUUUGCAAAAGAAAAAAGAAAAGGUUCAACAUUGCAAUGUUAUUGUUGAAGCAAUUCAAAAUCCUUCAUUAAAAGUCUCCAAGAACUUCAGCAAUCUUUUAAAUUGUACUAUUGAUACACUUCUGCAACUAUGUGAUGAUCAAGAGUCGGAUAUACGGAUGAUAGCUGAUGAAUGUUUAAACAAAAUUAUCAGGGGAAUGAACAAUGGCAGUAUUUCCAAGAUCCAAAUUGAAUUGCACAAAGGAAUCAAACAAAAUGGUUCAGCCAGGUCUCUUAGAGCUGCCCUGUGGAGAUUUGCACUCUUAGCACAUCAUAUACGACCGCAAAAGGGAAAGGUCUACGUCACGAAUAUCAUUCCAGCAUUAAUUAAAGUCAUUGAAAGAAAUGAGGAGUCAGUGCAUGAAACAUUGUCAACUAGUCUGCCACAAAUUAUGAGCUCACUGGGGCCGUUCACAAUGGAUUAUGAUAUUAAAGGUCUACUGAAAGCUUGUUUGAAUAAUGUGCAGAGUCCAUCAGUUGUUAUUCGAAGGAUGACGGCCAGUUGCAUACUGACAGUAUGCCUCAAUAAUCGUGCACCGUUUGUUUUUCUUUGUUAUGUUUUUAACCAUUUGUUUGAUUUAUUAAUACCAGUUUAUGAUACGCACUCUAAUCAAUUGAUUCUCGGUGCGCUAAGUUGUCUAAAACUAAUAAUACCGCAUUUCCACGAAGCGGAAGCCAAGCACAAGAUGAACAGCCACUUCAGGGGAAGGAAUGUAGCCGAAAGUUGCAUAUCUACGGACAGAUUACUACAAAUCUACGAAUUAUGUCUAUAUUAUACAAUGCAUAAAGACCACAAUAUUGUCAACUCAUCUCUGGAGACACUCAACAUUCUCUUGAGCAAUUUAAGCGUUGAUAUGAAAAUAAUUCUAUUGCAGAAGACGGGCGUCGGUAAAAGUCGCAUCUUUCAUGCUGAUCCUUCGAGAAUGCGAUUAAGAUCACCUAGUCAACUGAGUGUGGCGACUACUUUGAAGUCUGAAGAGAAUUUGUUGCUGGACUCGGAUUUGACUGAUUUUACCACGACUGAUAUUGAGAAAUGGAUCGGUGAGUCGAAACUGUCGGUGAUUAAUGUGAAUUAUAUCAAGGGAGAUGAGGAGAAAUUGAAUUUCAAUGCGGUGGAUCACAAUGCGAAGAAUGCGGAGGGUACUGAGCCAAUUCUGGAGACGCAAUAUGGAAAUAUUCACAUGGGCACUAUCAAUGAUCAAUACGCGGAUAGUUUCAGGAGUGAGAGUAUUGCAGAUAACAUGGAUAAGUUGAUUUUGAGUGAGAAUUCGUCGGAAAAGAGUUUUUCUCAUCGAAUGGAGGAGAAGUCUUUUGUUGGUGACGUUGAGUUUGUUGGAUUGAAUGUUGAUGUUGGAGAUUUUCUGGACCAUGAAGUAUCAUUACUAUUUUGUUCCCGUCUGAUUAUCAAACAAUUUCUGUUGAAUGGCGUGCAAAACACAACUAUACCAGAGGCAACUGUCCGCGUUUCCAUUAACCUGGCGCUUACGUGCAUUUCGACGAUUCUUCAGGUUUACCCACACGCACUAGUCAAAUACUUGGAUAGAAAUUGCACCAAAGCUAACGCGCCAACAAUCGAUGGAGAUUGCACUUCUUCUCAGAAAAUAUCAGACAUUUUGUUGUAUGAAUGUCAUGAUGAUCCGCAGAUACGCGGUGUGAUACGCGUUUUAGUUGCGAAUUUUAUUCGUACUGUUUUAUUGCAAAGUUUUGGAGACUUUGACGCGUGGAUUGCAACUUUUGCGGAUUACGAUGAUGAUUUACUGAACACCAAAUAUUUGAUACAUCUUUUAUUAAAGGGAUUGCAGGAUGAAUCUUCAACUUGUACUCGUCAAUGUUUGACUUCAUUGACGUGUUGCUUGAGUCCUCUAUUAGAGUCUGAAUACAGUGCGGAAGUAGUGCCAAUUUUAAAUUAUUUGCCUCUAAUGGCACAGGAUCCAUACUGGUUAGUAAGAGUGAAAUUAAUUGAGCUAAUCGCGACGUUCUCGUACGUAACAGUGGAGCAUGUGACAAAAAGUAAAGAGUUUCAAAAUAAAGUGAUGCAUAAUAUUCUGUUGGAGUUACUGAAGGACGAGGACCAACGUGUGAGGAAUGCUACAUCUGCAGCUAUUAUCAAAAUCAUUCCAUUAUUAUAUUUUGAACAAAAUCUGACCGAAGAAACCAAAAUAACUUACAAAUCAAUUUUACAUCGUGAUCAAUACUCUGCGUUAACAAUAGAGAACAGUCUGGAAACAAAUAUAAAAAUGCGGCAACAAGUUGAAAAUCUUCCAUUUCCAUAUAAAUCUGGGCCACUAAAAGCGGACUUAUUAAUGGAAAAGUCUCUUUCGAGAAUUAUCUCCAAACUAUAUCGAAAACUACUCACACAGAGUACUAAAUAUUAUACGUUGGGUUGUAUUGAAACUUUAUGCAAUCUAAGUUAUGCUUAUCCGAUAACAGUCUAUAAAAACGCGUGGAAUUGUUUUAAAAACUCUACAAUUCGUUUGGAGAAACCAGCGUUUUCCCGAAGCAACUCCACCCCGCUUCAAAUCUCCGAAGAGAUUCUCACCAGUUCCAAGGAUUUACUGAGUUUAACCGUCAACUUAUUAACAACCACAACUGUAGUAUACGAUACGAAUUGUCAUCUUCAUUUGAUAAAAUUAGUCGGUAAUCUCUUUGCUGGUAAAUGGUUAGAGAAUCUCAAACCUUCCGCAGAGUUAAAUCAAGACACACCUGGAGAUUUAUGGGAUUUGUUUACCGAUAAACAAUUAGGUGCUAUAUCCGAAGAAUACUUGGUACAUCUAGUGAAAAUAUUAAACAUCUAUGCGCAUGUUAUCGAUGAGAAUACGACCUUACAACCGAAGCCAGUCUUACCAAAUAUACCGAUAGCUAGUAAUAUUUCGCCUUUAAAAAGAAGAAAGAGUGAUCUUGGCGUUGGAGUUUUAUCCCCAGGCAAAGCAAUUGAUAAAGACAACGAGAAAAAAGUGGAUGCUAAAGCGACCGGAAUGGGAUUCUUUUCAAACAGUCCACAUUACAUGAAAAUCUAUGAAAUUUUAAAAGUGGCGUAUAAUAAUUACAAAAUAACAUUGAAUACUGAGGCUUCCGAGAAUUUUUUGAAAUUUCUCAAGGCAGUUUUAUACUCGAUGUGCCAAAUAUUAGAAAUUGCUACUUUAACAGAAACCGGACGCAUUGCAGAGGAAUUAUUACAGUAUUUUAAGUCGACGUUUAAUCUGGAACCGACUAAAACAGUACAAUGCGUACGUCAACUACUUAAAAGUUUAUUCGGCACGAAUAUCUGUUCAGAUGCGGAUGCUUUUGUGAAAUAUUUAAACAAAAACACUUCUGAACAACUUGAAGCAUCCGGAUUUUUCUAUCACAUUGCUCAGGUGCCAGUCAUGAAUAUGUCUGACUGCGUCGGCAAGUUUAAUCAUAUUUCAAAGAAUGAAAUGGAUGGAGAUAGCAUUGUAAUGGGGUAUGUGCAUAGAAAGGACUAUAAAAAGAUCAUCAAUAAGAAUAUGGAUAAAAUACUGGGUAAUUACAUCAGAAUAUUUGAACCGAUGGUGAUUAAAUCCUUGAAACAUUAUACUGUUACGAGUGAUACGAAGUUGCAGGCGCAUGUCUUACAGCUGUUAAGUCAACUUGUUUUGUUUAGAGUGAAUUAUUGUUUGUUGGAUUCUGAACAAGUAUUUAUCGAUUAUGUUUUGAAGCAGUUUCAAUACAUGGAGGAAGGGCAAAUUGGUCUUGCUAGUGAAUUAAUACCGAAAAUAUUCCAAUUUCUGGUCCAUUUAUCUUAUGGUAAACAACACACGAAAAGCAUUAUUGUUAUCCCGAGAAUAAUACAACUUUGUGAUGGUUUAAUGGCGAGUGGUCAAUCACCGAAGACUCAUUGCAUACCAGCACUUAAACCUAUCGUUGAAGAUGUUUUUCUCUUGAGAAACAAAUCAAAUACAUCUGAUUUUAAAGAACUGGAAACCACCCGUGAAGUUUUAGUCUCCAUGAUGUUAAAAUUAAUUGAAUAUACAGACAUAAUCAACUUGUUAGUGCUAAUUCUCAAGGAGAGCAAAUAUUGUGAGAAUACAGAAAGAUGGAUGAGAUGGUCCAAGCAAAUAUUCGACACCUUCAUGACUCAGUUACGAAACAAUCGAAUUGAGUUAGAAUGUGCAGGUUGCAUGAACGCUGCGAAGCUUUUAUUAUUCACACUACAUCCGAGUGUCUACAAACCCAUCAGUCAUAUAUUCAUCGCACUGUUUGAGGAAGCGAUUGAUAUUAGCAUGGUUGCUGGUGAUCGUUAUCUGGGGAAAGUUAAUCUGUUGUUUUUGAUUACAUCGCAGCUAAAUGAAAACAAGUUAUUAUUGAAGAUAGAAGAAGUUCAGUCGGAGAUACCACCGCAUUGUAUUUUUGAAAAGUUUAAAGUGCUGCAUGAUCCGCUAAAUGUGUCGAAAACAACGGGGAUAUUCGACGGAAUUACACCGGAAGUUAUCUUGUUGAAGUAUAUUUUCAGGACGAUUGGAGUUGCAGCUAAGUAUUGCGUGCAGAAUGUGAUACACGAUGAAGGCACGAAUAUUGUUCAACAAUUGCAUUGGUUCUUGAAUUAUUGUUUAUUUUUAUUUCAGUCUGGAACACAUAACAAAAUAACAACGAUUGGUAUAAGUUUGUUGAAUGGUGAUAUGGAAGAUUGUGUUGAGGGUGUUUUUCUCGACGACACGAAUAAGUCAUUUUUGCAGUUACGACCAACGUGUCCAUUAUUAACAUUUCAAUGGUGUUAUAUUUUGACUUUGUUGAAUUACAACGAUCGGAGAUUCUGGGCUGAUAUCAUUCAGAUUACUGAUAAUUAUGGGAUUGAUCUUCAAUUAGUUUCAAAUGUUGAACCUAAAGUAAACUGCAUUAAUAUGGAAAUAGUUCGUGUUGGUGGUUCAAUUGUUUUUGCCGAUUAUUUGAGUGAGCACAUUUUAUCAGAUGGUGAGCAAAUGUCCUGGAUGCUAGUGAACAAUAUACAAUUAAUUGUGGAGAAUCAUGAAGAACCACCGAUAUUUGAAUUGCUUGGUUCAAUCCACAGAAAUGUCUCUGCGAGUGGUUUACUCAUCCAAGCAAUUGACUCCAAAUGCUUAGACAUUGCGACAAUUUCAACAAAAGCGAAGAUUUUAAAGUGUUUGGAAAAUGUGCACGAAGAUCACACCGGCACUCUGUUGAAGUUUCUCCUGCCGAAAGUGUUAGAUUCCAAAAUUUUAGCUAUCAGUAGGCAAGCUUCUAGUUUAGCGAGUCGAAAAGUUGAAUUUCUUUUAACACUUAGCGCCGAAGAAGUACAAAAGCAGCUACCCAAAGAAGAAAUGAGUUUGAUUUUAGAACGACUUGUUUCUUUAAAACUAGUAAAAAGGCAUGAAACAUUAAUUGGUCUUUUAAACAAGCUAUCCUCCCAGUUCUACGACUUUAGUCCGCUGGAGUUUGACCAAAGACGCUCGAUAAAAGCAGAAUAUAUUAAAAAUCUAAACAUUGAUAAAACUUGGUAUCUCACACAAGUUAAACAAUGGUGUUUGGGCACGAAUGUAACCACUGGUUAUGCGGAAAUUUUAAACAAAUUGUCUUAUGAUGAACUAUGGACAAUCAUGAAUCACAAAGACUUCAAUAAGAAGAUUAUUUACGAUUGUUUUUCGUGGUGCGUGAAUCACCUGGACCACGAUGCGGAUAUUCCUGAGAUAUUGCAAGCAUCUUCGGCGUUUAUCACCAAGACUGUGAAUAGCUUACGAACUGUUGUGCCAAAAUCACAUCAUGUGUAUAGACCUUAUGGAAGAGAAACAACGCACGCUGAAGGAAAAUAUUCCAAUCGACUAACGGAAAUUCUAGAAGAAGAAUCAAUCUUCCAAUUUCUCAUUGAUUUAAUUCCGUGUGUCAGUGAAUACAUUGCGUGCACCUCUCGUUUUUCGAAAUUAUCUAUUCCCGAAUCAAAUUUGGAGGAUUUUACGCGUUUCGCGGUGAUUUGUUUAGAAAUUGUUUCUUUUAAUAUUGACGCCUCGGUUGGUAAUUGUUUUAAUGUUAACUUUACAAGUAUGUGCAUGCGAUGUGCCGAUUUAAUUUUUAAAGAUAAUCAACUCUGUAAUAACUUAGCACCUGACACGCAAGUUACGUGGUUGUGUUCGGCGAUCAAUAGUUUAUUUAAAAUUGUUAGUUUUUUGCUUACUGAUUUGGAACCACUCCCCUCGCUGCCGAUAGGCACAUUGAGGGAGGCGCUUAAUAACGUUGACACCUUGCCUGCUGGUCAGGCGGUGCACCAACUUUGUGUUUUGGUAUGUUGGCUGGAGAAAUUAGAUUUUAACGCGGUGGAAAUUCCAAAUUAUUUAAUGCAGAGUAUUAUGAGUAUUGUGAUAUCAUUAGCGCGAUUGCCGUUAGUCAAUUCGUAUAUUAUAACUCCGCCCACGGCGUGGAAAUCCGGCUGGUUUGUCCAACUUUCGGGGGCGUUCCGCACUCAAGUUCCAAAUUUACCGUUAGAGUAUCUGCAAGAAGUGGAUAUUUUAGAAGAGUUUAUUUACAGAAUAUUAUUAUUAGGCUGGACUUCAAGAACACAGUUUGAGGAGACGUGGGUUUCAUUACUGACGGCUUUAAAUGCGAAUCCAUCUCUUGGUGAGAUGGAAGACAUCAACGCGAUCACACAUUCCAACAGUUUGGUUGUGCAAGCAAUCACAGCCUUUCUAUUGCAAACCUUGUACACUCCACAACCGGGAAACAAAUGCGUUUCUUCGUACAUCCAUGUGCCUCGGGAUACGCCUGUGAAAGAAAACACUCCAACUUUUAGGAAACUGAAAACCCUGCAUAAAAGAUUUUCACAAAAAUUACUUGAGUAUCCGGAUUGCUUAAAGGCCUGUCAUAGACAUUUGAAUGUCUUUGAGAAACUGAAUAUUGAAAAGAUCGACAGUUCCUACUCGUUUAGUCAGAUGUCUUUGGAAUAUUUGAGGAUAUCUGCGGGUGUUAUACAAUCCGACGCUGAGAACAGAAGUUACGCCGGCGAAAUUUGUGCACUGCGCGUGGAGAAAUUGAAAGAAUCUGGAUUGGAUUUGCGUUCGUGUUUGCAAUUCCAACUUGAUUUGUAUUCACAAUGGCUGUCUUCUGAUGAACCAGUGCCGUUACGGCUGUUGCAAGAAAUUGUCAAAUCUAUUGUGCAAUCAUCGGAUAUUUUCAACGAUCGCACGCAGUUUACCUGGAUGUUGGCGACUUGUUUGGAAUUGUCCAAAACGCACGCCAUUGAGGAUGAAAUUGUUCAUCUUUAUUUAGUGAUUGCUGUUUGCAAAGCAUCUGCUGUUUUAAAUCCUGAUAAAGAUGUUUUGGAAUAUGUGAAGAAGUUAAUCUCCCAAAGUUUAAAAAACACAUUCUUAUCGGGUCGUAUCGCCGGUUUGCAUGGAUUAUUAUUCAUGCUGCAAAUGUGUGUACUGGAUAACACGGUGAUUUGUGGAAUCUCCGACGAUAUGCAAUUGUUUCUACCUAUAGCAGUGGAUUAUAUCGAUUAUAAUAUCUCAUCUAAUAAUGCUGUCCUGCAACAAUCCGAAGAGCAUACUCUAUUAGUCUGGGCAUUGGUGUUUUAUGUAAUUGAGAAUGUCGACGUGCCGCAUAUCGAGGAACAUUUUGUAAAUACGGUGUUUACGACCUUAUUAACUACCUUAUGUGCACCGGAUAUAAAUACUUCUAUUUUAUUACCAUUGAUAAAGGGUGUGGAAAGUUUAUUACUAAAGAAAAGAAUCCCGGCACAAUUUCGUGAUAAAGUUAUAAAGUAUGCGACGUCACAAUUUAAACGAAACUCUCCAAAUAUUUCACUUCCGGCGGCGCAGUUAUUGUUUACAUGUUUAUAUAUGGAAUAUUCUGAGCACAUAGAUAAUUCCGAAGAUGGCGCAAUUGUCCCAAGUAAUCCCGAUCACUUGGUGCAAUCGAUCGAGAACAUCUCAGCGAUAUUCGAUAAGAUCAAAAAGGGUUAUCCAUUUGAAGUGGACCUCUUAUCGGUAUCGCUUUCCAAUCUUCUCACCGAUAUCUUCUCUCCUUCUGAUAUACUCACGAAAGUAAUCAGUGAAUUCUUAUCGCCACAUCAACGGCAUCCAAUGCAAUUGUGUAAAGUCGUUUUUAAUAUUUUUGAAUCGGCUAUACAACAAUCUCAGUUAUCUCUACUGCAGGAUUGGGUCGUGUUCAGUUUGACGAACUUUACACAGUCAUUUUCGAUUGGAAUGGCGACAUGGUGUUUAACUUGUUUUUUCAUCUCCGCCAGUAAUAACACCUACUUGCGUCAUCUUUUUCCGUAUGUACAGCGACGCAUGGGUCGUUAUGAGUAUGAAGAUAGAAAGUUUCUUUGCAUUGCCGGCAGCGAUUUUUACAACAAUUUAACGGACGCAUCGCAGAAGAGCAGAUUUAUUAGUACGUUGGUGAGUGUCAAAGACCAGGCGGAUAUGCCUUUUAACGAGCUACUGUUGUGUUUGUAAAUUCUAUUCGAAAGAAAAUCUAUAUUCAUAACUUUGUUUGUUGUCUUCGAGGGCAAUUAUUGAAAGUAUAUACAUUAUUACGACGAUUAUUAUGAAUACGAAAUGGCGUUAGAUAUAUUUAUAUUUGUUUACGAUUUGUUGUUGCGCCAUGUAUCCAGUAAAUGAUGAAGUAUGAAUAAAAUUCUAUUCCGUA